UUUUCCCCACUCAGUGAUGCACCCACUGAGAAACCUGAUGAAAGUGCUCUAGUUAUUGGUGAUUCUAUUGUACGGAACGUGAAUAUAGAGACACCAACCACCAUAGUCAAAUGUUUACCGGGAGCCAGAGCGCCUGACAUCUUGGCAAAUUUAAAAGUGCUGGCUAAUGCUAAACGUAAAUACAGUAAGAUUGUUAUUCAUGUCGGCGCUAAUGAUGUUCGACUUCGCCAGUUGGAGAUCACUAAAAAUAACAUUAAAGAGGUGUGUGAACUUGCAAGCAUGAUGUCAGACACUGUAAUAUGCUCUGGUCCCCUCCCUGCUUACUGUGGUGACGAGAUGCAUAGCAGGUUGUCAUCACUCAAUGGCUGGAUGUCUAAGUGGUGCCCACAGAAUAACAUAGGUUUCAUAGACAAAUGGUUGAGCUUUUGGGGCAGACCUGACCUGUUGAAAAGAGAUGGUCUUCAUCCCUCCUGGGGUGGCACCACUCUUCUCUCUAGAAACCGCAUUUUUACAGUUAAACUCCGCGCACGUGGAACAGUUGCAGGAACUGCUCCGGAGGCCUACACCAUCACCGACGCCCACUACUGCAUCUCGCCCACAGUGGAGGUGCCACAAGCGGCAUGA